CACACAGACACUCUAUCACUCACACCGUAGAGGAAAGCCGGUGUUCGAAAAUGGCGUCGGGAGGCGAGCGUGAAGUUUUGGAAAAUAAACGCAAAUUAAGUUCAGGUGAAGGCGAGGAAGAGGAGGAGGAGGAAGAGGCGGCUUGGGUCGGGCCGUUACCUACUGAAGCUGUUCCGACCAAAAGGAGAAAAGUACUGGAGUAUGAGAGAGUUUAUCUCUAUAAUCUUCCUUCUGCUGCCAUGUAUGAGCGCAGCUACAUGCACCGUGACGUCAUCACUCACGUCGCCUAUGCCAAGACGGAUUUCCUCAUUACUGCGAGUCAGGAUGGACAUGUGAAGUUCUGGAAGAAGAAAGAAGACGAAGGAAUCGAGUUUGUGAAACAUUUCCGCAGUCACCUGAGUGUGAUUGAGUGUAUUUCAGUCAGUGCUGAGGGUGCACUCCUCUGCUCUGUUGGAGAUGAUCAGGCCAUGAAGGUGUUUGAUGUUGUGAACUUUGACAUGAUAAACAUGUUGAAACUUGGGUUCCACCCUGGACAGUGUGAGUGGAUCUAUAACCCCGGUGACGCCAUCAGCACCGUGGCCUGCUCAGAGAAAUCUACGGGGAAAAUUCACGUGUACGACGGACGAGGCAGUAACCAGCCGCUGCACAGCUUCCAUAAGAUGCACUCGUCUCCUCUGUGUCAGAUCCGCCUGAACCCUCGCUACCGUGUCAUCGUGUCGGCCGACAGAGCCGGAAUGCUGGAGUACUGGACCGGACUCCCGAGUGACUUUAAAUUCCCCAGGCAGGUGGAGUGGGAAUAUAAAACCGACACGGACCUGUACGAAUUCGCCAAGUGUAAAACCUUCCCCACCUCCCUGGCCUUCUCACACGACGGGAAGAAGAUGGCCACCAUCGCCGCCGACCGCAAGGUCCGGAUCUUCCGCUUCCUGACGGGGAAACUCAUGCGCGUCUUCGACGAGUCACUAACCAUGUUCACAGAGCUGCAGCAGAUGAGACAGCAGCUGCCGGACAUGGAGUUUGGCCGCAGGAUGGCGGUGGAGCGAGAGCUGGAGAAAGUGGACGGCAUUCGACUGACUAACAUCAUCUUUGACGAGACGGGACACUUCGUGCUGUACGGAACCAUGCUGGGCAUCAAGGUCAUCAACGUGGAGACCAACCGGUGUGUGAGGAUUUUAGGGAAACAGGAGAACAUCCGUGUGGUGCAGCUCAGUCUCUUCCAAGGUGUGGCUAAGACCAUGAAGGUGGCACCAACCAUUGAGAUGAAGGCAUCUGAUAACCCCGCCCUCCAGACUGCUGACCCCGACCCCACCAUCUUCUGCACCGCCUUCAAGAAAAACCGCUUCUACAUGUUCACAAAGCGAGAGCCAGAGGACACGAAGAGCGCCGAAUCGGACAGAGACGUUUUCAACGAGAAGCCUUCCAAAGAGGAGGUGAUGGCCGCGACGCAAGCAGAAGGUCCAAAGAGGGUCUCGGACAGCGCCAUCAUCCACACCACUAUGGGAGACAUCCACAUAAAGCUCUAUCCUGUGGAGUGCCCCAAAACUGUGGAGAACUUCUGCGUCCACAGCAGGAACAGUUACUACAACGGACAUAUCUUUCACCGUGUGAUCAAGGGUUUCAUGAUCCAGACUGGAGACCCCACAGGCACAGGGAUGGGAGGAGAGAGCAUCUGGGGUGGAGAGUUUGAGGACGAGUUCCACUUCAGUCUGAGACACGACCGACCGUACACACUCAGCAUGGCCAACGCUGGACCAGGAACCAACGGCUCUCAGUUCUUCAUCACAGUGGUGCCGACGCCCUGGCUGGACAACAAGCACACGGUGUUUGGACGAAUCAUGAAAGGGAUGGAGGUGGUGCAGAGGAUCUCCAACGUCAAGGUGAACCCAAAGACAGACAAACCGUACGAGGACAUCAGCAUCAUCAGCAUCACCAUCAAGUAGAAUAAACACACACACACACACUGUCCUGGUCCUGAUAUUUUUUAUAAUAAUAAAGAUGUUUUUUCCAUC